CCCGCGCUGUCGCGGCCGUUGGCCGGAGCCAUGCCCACGGCCGCUGCCCCCAUCAUCAGCCUGGUGCAGAAGCUGGUGCUCUACGAGACCAGAGCCAGAUACUUUCUAGUUGGGAGCAACCAUGCAGAAACGAAAUACCGUGUCUUGAAAAUUGAUAGAACGGAGCCAAGAGAUUUGGUCAUUAUUGAUGACAGGCAUGUGUACACUCAGCAAGAAGUGCGGGAACUUCUUGGCCGCUUGGACCUAGGAAAUAGAACAAAGACGAGCCAGAAAGGGUCGUCUGGGUUGUUCCGAGCCGUCUCUGCGUUUGGCAUUGUCGGUUUCGUCAGGUUUUUAGAAGGCUACUAUAUUGUGUUAAUAACUAAGCGGAGAAAAAUGGCAGACAUUGGAGGUCAUGCAAUAUAUAAGAUUGAAGAUACAAAUAUGAUUUAUAUCCCCAAUGACUCCGUCCGGAUUAGUCACCCUGAUGAAGCUAGGUAUCUAAGGAUAUUUCAAAAUGUGGAUCUCUCUAGCAAUUUUUACUUUAGUUACAGCUAUGACCUGUCGCACUCGCUUCAGUAUAACCUCACCGUCUUGCGAAUGCCCCUGGAGAUGUUAAAGUCCGAAACAUCCAAGACCCGCCAGGACAGCUUUGACAUCUUUGAGGAUGAAGGGUUGGUUACCCAGGGUGGCAGCGGCGUGUUUGGGAUCUCUAGUGAGCCUUAUAUGAAGUAUGUGUGGAACGGCGAGCUUCUGGAUAUAAUUAAAGCUUCUGUGCACCGUGACUGGCUGCUGUAUAUUAUCCAUGGGUUCUGUGGGCAGUCGAAGCUGUUGAUCUAUGGACGACCAGUGUAUGUGACUCUCAUAGCCAGAAGAUCCAGUAAGUUUGCUGGGACUCGUUUUCUCAAGAGAGGUGCAAACUGUGAGGGCGAUGUCGCGAAUGAAGUGGAGACAGAGCAGAUCCUGUGCGAUGCUUCCGUGAUGUCCUUUACUGCAGGCAGCUACUCUUCUUAUGUGCAAGUCAGAGGGUCGGUUCCAUUGUACUGGUCCCAAGACAUCUCAACUAUGAUGCCUAAACCACCCAUCACACUGGACCAGGCAGACCCCUUCGCGCAUGUGGCUGCUCUCCACUUUGACCAGAUGCUCCAGAGGUUUGGCUCCCCCAUCGUGGUCUUGAAUUUAGUGAAGGAGCGAGAGAAGAGGAAGCAUGAGAGGAUCCUGAGCGAAGAACUGGUAGGCGCGAUCACCUACCUUAACCAGUUCCUGCCCCCAGAGCACGCAAUCGUCUACAUCCCCUGGGACAUGGCCAAGUACACCAAGAGCAAGCUGUGCAAUGUUCUGGAUCGGCUAAAUGUGAUUGCAGAAAGCGUGGUAAAGAAGACAGGCUUCUUUGUAAACCGCCCUGACUCUUACUGCAGCACUUUGCGGCCAGAUGAAAAGUGGAGUGAGCUGGGAGGCUGUGUGAACCCCACUGGUCGUCUGCAGACUGGCAUUCUUCGGACCAACUGCGUGGACUGUUUAGAUCGCACCAACACAGCGCAGUUCAUGGUGGGCAAAUGUGCUCUGGCUUACCAGCUGCAUUCCUUAGGACUGAUUGACAAGCCAAACCUGCAGUUUGACACGGACGUAGUGAGGUUAUUUGAGGAACUGUAUGAAGACCAUGGAGAUACCCUCUCCCUACAAUAUGGGGGCUCUCAGCUUGUUCAUCGGGUAAAAACCUACAGGAAGAUAGCCCCGUGGACACAGCACUCCAAAGACAUCAUGCAGACUCUGUCUCGGUACUACAGCAAUGCCUUUUCAGAUGCCGACAGACAAGAUUCCAUCAAUCUCUUCCUGGGUGUUUUCCAUCCCUCUGAAGGGAAACCCCAUCUCUGGGAACUCCCCACAGACUUCUACCUGCACCACAAAAACACCAUGAGCCUGUUACCAACUAGGAGGAGUUACACUCACUGGUGGACACCGGAGGUGAUACAGCAUUUGCCACUGCCAUACGAUGAAGUUAUCUGCGCUGCAAACCUAAAGAAGCUGGUUGUGAAGAAGUUCCACAGAUGUGAGGAGGAGAUAGACAUUCACAAUGAGUUCUUCCGGCCCUAUGAACUCAGCAGUUUUGAUGAUACCUUUUGCUUGGCCAUGACAAGUUCGGCACGUGAUUUUAUGCCUAAGACUGUUGGCAUUGAUCCAAGUCCAUUUACUGUGCGAAAGCCAGAUGAAACAGGGAAAUCUGUACUGGGAAGCAAAAGCAACCGAGAGGAGACGGUCCUGCAGCGGAAAACAGCAGCCAGCGCCCCGCCACCGCCCAGCGAGGAAGCCGUGUCCAGCAGCUCUGAGGACGACUCUGGCACUGACCGGGAAGAUGAAGGCUCUGUGUCUCAGCGCUCCACUCCUGUGAAGAUGGCCGACUCCGGGGACAGUGCCAAAGUGACUGAGAGUGUGGUCCAGCCCAUGAAGGAAGUGUAUGGGAUUAACCUCUCGGAUACCCUGUCAGAGGAAGACUUCUCCAUUUAUGCCAGGUUUGUUCAGCUGGGGCAGAGUCAACGUAAAGAGGACAGGAGCAGCCAGCAGCCGUGUCCCAAGUGCUCUGACGGGGUUAUACAAUUAACUCCCAUUUCAGCUUUCUCGCCAGACAACAUCUAUGAAGUUCAGCCCCCAAGAGUAGACAGAAAGUCUACAGAGAUCUUCCACGCCCACAUCCAGGCCACCAGAGGAGUCAUGCAGCCCCUUGGUAAAGAGGACAGUGCCUUGUACCGAGAGUACAUCAGAAACCGCUACUUAUGAGGAGAGCCUUGAGGAAGAUGACGCUGUGGUCCUAUGACUGUCAGUGUCAUCUGUAGAAGGAGUUCUGUGGCUCUGGAGGUACGGCUCCAUGGUUGAGGACGUGCGCCGUCCUUUCGGGAUCUGCAUUUGGUCCCCAGCAUGCAUGUGAAGUGGCUCACCACCUUCAUAGCUCCAGCCUCAAAGGAUCCAACACUGCCUUCCGGAUUCUGUAGGCACCUGUACUCAAAUGUGUAUAUGCAUGCACACUCGAGUGUGCACACACACAAUUAAUAAUACUGAAAGUAAAAUCUUUCAACGGUAAACCCCCCCCCCCAAGUCCUUUGUAUUCAAAGCUUUUCACUCCUUUGUACCAUGCAAAUUACAAAUUACAGGUAAUAAA